CGCUCGGCUGGGAGCAUCGCCUCGGCGUCGUCGCCGCCUCACCAGGGGCAGCAGCGCCAGCUGCAGAGCCAGACGGGAGCUGCCAGUGGGGGCAUGGAAGCAGCCUCCCCGGCAGCCGAGAGAGGAGCGAGCGCGCGCCGCUGCCCGUGACCCCGGCGUCCGGCCCCCGUCCCCUGCCCGCGGGGAGCCCAGUCCCCGCCGAGCUCUUUCCAGUCUCCCCUCGCCAGGUCGCCCUCCCGCAGAGCCCGCUGAAGCCAGGAACCCAACCCGAGGGGAGCAUGGAGCUGCUGUCCACCCCCCACAGCAUUGAGAUCAACAAUAUCACCUGCGACUCUUUCCGCAUCUCCUGGGCCAUGGAGGACAGUGACCUGGAGAGGGUCACUCAUUACUUCAUUGACCUCAACAAGAAGGAAAACAAGAACUCCAACAAGUUCAAGCACCGGGAUGUCCCCACCAAGCUCGUGGCCAAGGCAGUGCCUCUGCCAAUGACGGUGAGAGGCCACUGGUUCCUGAGCCCUCGUACUGAGUACAGCGUGGCGGUGCAGACGGCCGUGAAGCAGAGCGACGGGGAGUACCUGGUGUCGGGCUGGAGCGAGACGGUGGAGUUCUGCACGGGGGAUUAUGCCAAGGAGCACUUGGCCCAGCUGCAGGAAAAGGCUGAGCAGAUCGCCGGCCGCAUGCUCCGCUUCUCGGUCUUCUACCGCAACCAUCACAAGGAGUACUUCCAGCAUGCCAGGACCCACUGUGGGAACAUGCUGCAACCCUACCUGAAGGACAACAGUGGCAGCCACGGCUCCCCCACCAGUGGCAUGCUGCAUGGCGUCUUCUUCAGCUGCAACACAGAGUUCAACACAGGCCAGCCCCCCCAGGACUCUCCCUAUGGUCGCUGGCGCUUCCAGAUCCCUGCCCAGCGCCUCUUCAACCCCAGCACCAACCUCUACUUUGCGGACUUCUAUUGUAUGUACACAGCCUACCACUACGCCAUCCUGGUGUUGGCUCCCAAGGGCUCCCUGGGGGACCGCUUCUGCCGUGACCGUCUGCCCCUCCUGGACAUUGCUUGCAACAAGUUCCUAACCUGCAGCGUGGAGGACGGGGAGCUGGUCUUCCGCCACGCUCAGGACCUCAUCCUGGAGAUCAUCUAUACCGAGCCUGUCGACUUGUCCCUGGGCACCCUGGGGGAGAUCAGUGGGCAUCAGCUCAUGAGCCUGUCCACGGCUGAUGCCAAGAAAGACCCCAGCUGCAAGACCUGUAACAUCAGUGUGGGCCGCUAGGGACU